UAUUCUACUUCCAUGUUACUAUGUUUGCUUUAUAGCUAUUGCUAUUCAAUUGCAGAACAUAGUAUUUGAUACGAAAGUUUCCUCAAGCCAUUUUCACCUGGUUUUCCAUUCUGCUACUCCAUAGGGGUGCCACCUUUUUGCUAAUUUUAGUGUAACCUGGUAGUCCUGUUUCUCAAAAGGCAUUUUAAACAUCUCUUGCAUUGGAUUUUGAUAAAAGCUUGUUGGAUUUGGAAAGUUUAGGGCAUUCCUCUUACAGGUGUUUGAUUUCUAAACAAUACAUCGGAAAGUACCUCAUCAUUUCUGCUUUUAAAUGUUCCAUUCAGGUUGCUAAUGGAAUUUGUUUUUAGUUACAGGCCGAUAGUAGAUUACAUUGAUACGCAGUUUGAAAACUACUUGCAAGAAGAGCUGAAAAUCCGGCGUUCCCUCUAUAAUUAUCACGAUACAAGAAUCCAUGUCUGCCUUUACUUUAUCACUCCAACUGGCCACUCACUGAAGUCCUUGGAUCUGGUAACCAUGAAAAACCUGGAUAGUAAGGUGAAUAUUAUCCCAAUAAUUGCCAAAGCUGACACCAUCUCCAAAAGUGAGUUGCACAAGUUUAAGAUUAAGAUCAUGAGUGAACUGGUCAGUAACGGAGUCCAGAUUUAUCAGUUUCCCACAGAUGAUGAUGCUGUCGCUGAGAUUAACUCGGUAAUGAAUGCUCAUCUCCCAUUUGCUGUUGUGGGAAGCACAGAAGAGGUCAAGGUUGGAAAUAAAAUGGUGAGAGCUCGACAGUAUCCGUGGGGAGUGGUGCAAGUUGAAAAUGAAAGCCACUGUGACUUUGUGAAACUGCGAGAAAUGUUGAUCCGAGUAAAUAUGGAAGAUCUUCGGGAACAAACUCACACUCGCCACUAUGAGCUCUAUAGACGGUGUAAGCUGGAAGAAAUGGGGUUCAAGGACACUGAUCCUGACAGCCAGCCAUUCAGCCUUCAAGAAACAUAUGAGACCAAAAGAAAAGAAUUCCUUUGUGAGCUGCAGAAGAAGGAAGAAGAAAUGAGACAAAUGUUUGUGAACAAGGUCAAGGAGACAGAGUCGGAACUAAAAGAGAAGGAGAGAGAACUACACGAGAAGUUUGAGCAACUGAAACGAAUACAUCAGGAAGAGAAGAGGAAGGUGGAGGAAAAGAGAAGAGAGCUGGAGGAGGAGAUGAAUGCGUUCAACCGACGAAAGGUGGCCUUCGAAAGCAUGCCAAGUCAGUCUCUGCAGGCCACCUCACAGCAACCGCUGAAGAAAGAUAAAGACAAGAAAAACUUCUUUAGCCUCCCCAUUUCAUCCUCCUUAACAACAGGAAGAUAUGUAAAUUAGAAGAUUUAUUAUGGCCAAAACACCUCACGCUGAAGAAGGUUAAUGGGUGCCUCUACUUUUGUUUUAUGCUUGCACUCUGUUGCACAGAAGAAACUCUUAAAACAAGAACUGAUCUGGACAUUGCCUAACCCAGGUUCCUUGAUUAAGUGGAAACUCUUGAGAGUUGAAAAUUAAAACUAUACUAAUUCAAGUUAAAUGCAUGGCAUAUGCUAAAAUCAAAGCACUAAUCUUAUUAGGUGGGAGUAAAGAGCCCAAAACAAAAGUUUCCCGGUGGCAGAUUGGAUUUCCACAUGAACCAUGCCAUUGUAAAUUGAGUCUUGAUAAAUAUGUAUAUAUAAAUUGAGCUUUGAAUCUAUCAAGUGACACCCUGUAUCCUUCUUGUACUACAUGGGUGAGGAUCACACUCUUCUGACUUUUGAGGGGGGCUAAUAAUGACUAAACACAUUCUAGACUGGAGUAGAAAAGGCCAUUUUGAUUAUUCCUAACCUAACUUAGCACUAACCCUUCUGCUAAGUUUUCCCUGUACAGUACCUGAUACAUUUAAUAGGAAAGGGAAGUCCAGCUUGCUAAUAAUAAUGUGCCUAAUUUGAAAUGUGAGGCUCCUUCCUCAUUUUUCCUUAACUGAAUUUGUCCUCCUUUCCCCAGUUCUGUAUUUGCAUCUCUUUCUCAUUUCAGUAAAUGACAAGAGCCUGAAAUCCUUUCCGGUAUGAAAAGUAAAAAAGGAAAUGUUGAACCUGAAUGUGAAACCAUUUUUGAAGGACAACUGAAGGGUGGGGAGAGAAGGGAAUGCUGUAUGUGAGGUUUGCUGAAGCCUGACAUCCUGCAGUAAGGAAACCAGAGGGGAUGUAUGUGGGAACUCCUCUCGCCCCUAAAAAAAAUACUCAACUGUGCUAUUCCAUGACCCAAAUGUAUACAUUUUAUCCUGUUCAAUGGUCUGGGUUUGUAAAACAAAUAAAAACCAGUACUGGGAAGCAAAAUAAUUUCUUCAAGGAAUUUGUGAGCAUUUAGCUUGUGCAGUCAUUAAAGAACCCCCCCCCAAAAAAAGUAAAAUUCAAAAAUUAGGAUGGAUGAUCCUCUGAUUAGACUGUCCCUAUCCUUGUUUUUAGAUUUUGCAUAAGGACCGCUUAACUUCUCUCAUUUGUUUAAAGGGACAAAAAUGGCUGUGAAAUUGAAAGCUGAGGGGGAAGUAGAGCUGAUCUGUGUUGGCAGGGGUUAUUAUAGACAGUAUUUCAGUGAGUUUAUUUUUUUAAAACUUCUAUGAGGAAUUUGAUUUGGAGACAGAAUUAAUUAACUCUUUCAACACUGACUAGGAUUGCCAGGACAAAAUGUAAGAAGUUAUUGAAUUGUGAUGUUCCGAAAUGCACAGUUGUACAUUCGGGGCAAGACUUUGGGGUAGAGGCCCUGAACAGAAUGAGCAACAGAGUCCCCAAAUGCAGGAAGGCUGGUUUCUCCAUCUCCUAUGUGAUCACUAAGGUUGUGAGGAGGGGGAGCAUAGCAACCAUUUACUCCAAAAUCUAAAAAUAAUUCAAUGGCAUUGUUGAAAAUGCAGAUGUCAGCUAGUUUUUGUCAAAUUUAACAAUCCUCCAAGGGGUGAACAAUGCCAGUUGGCUACUCCUCCCAAAAUCUUCUUGAUGGGUAUGAUAUACUCCUUGAGAAAAGAUAAUGACACUUGGUAUCUAUCCACUUAUUUCCUUAAACUCAGCCAUCAAAUACUGAUUCAUGUGCAACUUUCCUCCUUUCAAAAUUUUUUCCCACUUCCAAAAUAUCCAAGAGGUUGGACCUCUGUAAUCAUGUAACUACAGAGCUCCAACUUGUUGGAUGUUUUGGGAAGUGGGAUAAAUCUUUGAAAGAGAUAAGAGCUAGCCUGUGUAUAAUAAUGGGCUCAAGUUACAGGAAGCCAUAUUUCAGCUGAAUAUCAAGAAAGACUUAACAGUUGGAACUGUACGAUAGUGGAAACCAUUAUACUGUAUUGGGAGGUGCUGAGCAUUCAAGAUAAACGUAGAUACUAUCUAUCAGAUACUGUAUACUUUAACUUGGAUUCCUGCAUUAAACAGAGGGUUGGGCUCAAGUCAGAAUAAACUUAAUGGCAUGUAGUUAUUAUUAUUAGCUUUGCAGCUACUGCACACUUCAGUUGCUGUACUGAGGACAUCUGCUGGCUUGCUGUCUUAGAAUUGAUGUGUAAAUUUAAAUGUGGCUACUGUUUCUUUCUCUUUAAGAAUUUUGAAAGAUUAUGUACAGAAGUAAGCAGUAGACAUGGGGAGUUUUAUAAGUUUGAAGGAAACCUGAGUUUGCUCAGAAGACAAAGAAAUCUUACACAGUCUCUGGUGCGUUCCUUUUGGAGCAGUUUCUAGGAAUCCAGUCCAGCACAGUGCAGAGGUCUCUUGCCGCAAUUUACAAGCCCUCAACCUUGCAAUGUUGUUUGAAGAAGGGACCUUGUGGAGUCUUGGUCUCCUGAAACUGGAAGCUAGGGAAAGGUCCCUUUGCUAUGAUAUGAUUUAGGAGCAGUGUCCAUAUUACUGUACUGCAGAACAUAAGGUAUCCCCACUGUUGUUAUCUCAGUCUUGUUCUGGUUUAGUAUUUAGUAUUGACUGCUUAUCAUGUGAGUUGUGUACAAUGGAAACAUUUUAGACGGCCAUGCUCAUUUUCCCCUCAGUUUUCCCCCCAUGAAAACGGAGUGUUAGAAUUGCCCACAACUUUAACAUGCUACUUUUUUUACAUAAUUACUUUUUAAGAAAAUUAAUCCUCCACAAUUCUAGAAGUAGCAAAUAAACAUGACUCAUUACAAAAAAGCAUGUCACAGUUACACUACAUCAGAAAACACACACCAAUACAACUUAAUCACAAAAAACUUAUUUCUCACUUGCAUAGAUUCAGCAUUACAUGGCUUAGAAAC